UCGAGGUCACCUCUAGGUGAAGGGUACACCCCUUUGUGGCGGAAAGGAAGAUGGCUUCGGGAGAGUCUCUGGCUGCUUUUGAGGGGUUUUACAGACAGUUGGACCCCUGGGGCCAUGGUAAGGUUGAUGCAGGUGAAGCUGCUGCCUUCCUGAAGAGGUCUGGUCUGAGGGAGAGUGUUCUUCAUAAGAUCUGGAACCUUGCAGACCAGGAAGGGGCUGGCUACCUGGACAAAAAAGGUUUUAUUGUAGCGCUCCAGCUGGUGUCCCUGGCUCAGCACGGUCAGGAUGUCAGUGUGGAGAACCUGUCCUCCUCCAUUCCACCUCCUACCAUGGCAGAGAAUGUUUCUGGCAGCUCCAGAGCAGCUUGGGCCAUCAAGACAGAGGAGAAGCUGAAGUUUGACACCAUUUUUGACACGCUGGACCCUGUCAAUGGUUUACUGACAGGAGACAAAGUCAGGCCGGUUCUCUUGAAUUCAAAACUUCCUGUGGAAAUUCUUGGAACAGUUUGGGACUUGAGUGAUAUAGACAAGGAUGGCUGUCUGGAUAAGGAGGAAUUUGCUGUGGCAAUGCAUCUGGUAUACCGUGCGCUGGACAAACAGCCGGUCCCCACCACUCUGCCUCCUGAACUCAUCCCACCCUCCAAGAGAGGACCCAGUCCUGGACUGGCACCUGGGCCUUCUCCUGCACAUGCUGUACACACACAGCAAACCUCGUGGGUGGUGACCCCUGGUGACAAGAUGAAGUAUGACAACAUUUUCCGUCAGGCGGACACAGACAAGGACGGGUUUGUCGGCGGCGGGGAGGUCAAGGACGUCUUCAUGCAGUCUGGGGUUCCACAGAAUGUGCUAGCUCACAUCUGGACAUUGUGUGAUGAGAAGCAGGCUGGGCUGCUCAAUGCUGAGCAGUUUGCUUUGGCCAUGUGGCUCAUUCAGCAACAGGUGAAGGGUAUUGACCCCCCUCAGCAGCUGUCCCCGGAGAUGAUCCCCCCGUCCUCCCGCCAGGCCAAGUCUGCCGGCUCCGACGUCACCACCAUCGCGAAGGAGAUGGACGUGAUUGGUCGGGAGAUCCAGGACCUCACCAGAGAACAGGACAGUCUUCAGUCAGAGAUCACAGACAAGCAGCAGCAGAUCUUGGAUAUCAACAGUCUUCUUAUGAACCUGGAAGUUGAGGUGAACCAGAGUCAGACCACCCUUCAGCAGCUGGAGAAACAAAAGGCCGACACACUCCUGCCUGUGCAGAAACUGGACAAGCAGGAGGCGGAAGUUGAGCGGCUGCUGGAGGAGGUGAAGAGACAGUGUCAGGAGGAGACCCAGCUGGUCAGCAGGCUGAGAUCACAGCUUACCUCACAGGAGACGUCUGUACAGAACCAGGAACAGCAACUCAAUAAGGCACGUGUGGAGUUGAACAACCUGCGAUCAGAAGAGGCAAACCUGGAGCAGAAACUGGAGACUGGGAAGAUUCGGCUGGAGGCCACCAUUACUGCCAUCAGAGCUGCACACACGGAGAUAGCACAGGUACGAGACCAGCUGUCCAAACUACAGGACACCCAGAGGAACCUGAGCACACAGGUUGGACCUGGGGGAGUCGGGGACAUCGGUCUGACCAUGGCAACUACAACUGCCUCAUCAACAUGGGACACUGGAACUAGUGAUCCUUUUGGUAGCAAGGACCCAUUUGCAUCAACUGGAAAUGAUUACAAUGAUCCUUUUAAGGCAGAAGAUCCAUUUAAAACAGAUGUGUUCCAGUCUAGUGUUGCUGACUCUGGCUUUUCCACUGACCCAUUUGGAGAUGAUCCCUUCAGUGGGAAAGACCCUUUUAGUGCAGAUACAGGAAGCAGUAAGCAGGCUGCGCCUUUUGCACAGGUGACUGAGGAGGACCAGCUGGCCUGGGCGACAUCAGAGAGCGAGGCAGAACAGAAACGUCUGGAGCAGCUACAGAAGCAGGAGCAGGCCGACAUGGAGCUGGCCAUGGCACUCAGCAGGGAGGACUCCAAAAAUGGCACACCAUGAACUAAACACUCUCUACAACACAACAUCCAUACUGUGGACACUGAUGUAACAGUUAC